CCCCUAACUCACAAACAUUAUCCCAAUCCCAAUCCCAAUCCCAAGAAGCACACACAAAAGUAUCUUCCUGAAACUGAACAAACCAGAUAACUUCCCCCAUGAGGUGCCUCCAGCUUCAAUCUUCACUGCUACCCUUUCCUGCAAAACUCAAACUGAGGCACACUACCAAACUAUUUCAGAUUUCUACCCACAAACCUCAACGUGCCCAGCACUUCCCUUCAGUGAGUCCCCUAAGUACUAAGGCACUUCCACACUUAAUGGUUGUUGCCCCAGCAAAAUCCGGUGACUUAUCCACCUUGCUCCCAAUAAGUGCUGUGCUUGUAUCGGCAUACUUGAUAGCAAAUUUUGUGGUGCCGGGUUUCCUUACCAAUUCUUUUGGAUAUGAUAAGUCAAACGAAGAGCAAAAGGAUGAUGAUGUAAAUGCAAUGGAAGAUAGUUAGACAGACACUACUGCAUGACAUGGUUGUAUGAAUUUGUCUCUUGCUUGUAUCUUCUAGACUUUGUAGCGAUUACAGUUUUAUGAAAUCAAAUUGUUCCUGCUUGCUCUUGCUUCGGUGAGAUUAUUACCCCAACACAAAAUCAUAUCUUAAUAGACUAAGUAUAUAGUCUAUUCAAUAAAUAUUAAUCUAUUGGGAUAGAUAUUGUAAAUCUAAGUCGACGGUAUAAUAUAUUGUUGAUGUUUAAUAAUAUA